GCGCUUGCGCUGUCCGCACGCCGUCAGCGGCGGGGGCGGGGCGUUGCCCGUUCGGCGUCCAGGUUCCCUUGGAGACGGAGCCGGCCAGGGUGGCGGCGGCCGGGCAACGACGACAGCGGAGCCGCUGGGGAAGCCAAGAUGCCGUCGAAAGGAAAGGACAAAAAGAAAGGCAAGAGCAAAGGCAAAGACACCAAAUUGAAAAACUGAAACAGCAAUUAAAUGAAACAAAGGAAAAAGCCCAAGAGGAGAAGGAUAAAUUGGAACAAAAGUAUACCAGGCAAAUCAAUGAACUAGAGGGACAGUUCCAUCAAAAAGCCAUAGAAAUUGGCAUGAUUCACACAGAGCUGAAAGCAGUAAGACAAUUCCAGAGGAGAAAAAUCCAAGUGGAGAGAGAGUUAGAUGAUCUGAAGGAGAAUUUAAGAAACACAGAGCGGAUGCAUCAGGAGACUCUUAGAAGACUGGAAAGCAGAUUUUUUGAAGAAAAGCACCGACUAGAACAAGAGGCUGAAAAGAAGAUAAUAAUGCUGGCAGAGAGAGCCCACCAUGAGGCUGUUGUGCAAUUGAACGAUGCUGGAAGAAAUGUUUUUAAAGAGAAUGUUUAUCUCCAGAAAGCCCUGGCAUAUCACCUGAAGGAAGCUGACGCUCUACAAAAAAACUCCCAGAAGUUGCAAGAGAGUCAUACUUUACUUUUACAUCAAAAGAGUUGGUCCCUGAGUCACUUAGGAAUACAUUUAGCUGUGAGUAACAGUGCUGACAUCAGUGGCAUCACCACACAAGGGUUUAUUCUUUCACCUAAAGGAGUCCUGGAGGAGAUCAAUGAUCUGUUGAUUAAGGAAAAGAUUAUGCAACUUGUCCAGCAGAGAUCACAAAUCCAAACCCUUCAGAAGAAGGUAGUAAACUUGGAGACUGCUCUGGGUUACAUGACCAAAGAGUUUGAGAGUGAAGUUUUAAAACUGCAGCAACACGCAAUGAUAGAGAACCAAGCGGGUCAGGUAGAAAUUGACAAGCUGCAGCACCUUCUUCAGAUGAAAGACAGGGAAAUGAAUCGUGUGAAGAAGCUGGCCAAGAACAUACUGGAUGAGAGAACAGAAGUGGAAAGAUUCUUUUUAGAUGCUCUACACCAAGUGAAGCAACAGAUCCUAAUUAGCAGGAAGCAUUAUAAGCAGAUAGCACAAGCUGCUUUCAAUUUAAAAAUGAGAGCAGCAUGUGCAGGAAGAACAGAAUAUCCCAAAAUCAGAACAUUUGAUGGCAGAGAGCACAGCACCAAUAGUGUGAAUCAGGAUCUUCUGGAGGCCGAAAAAUGGACACAUAUUGAAGGAAAUGUGGAUAUUGGAGAUUUGACCUGGGAGCAGAAGGAAAAAGUCUUGCGAUUGCUCUUUGCAAAAAUGAAUGGCUGUCCUUCUAGGAAAUACAACCAGAGUUCUAGGCCUCCAGUUCCAGACUAUGUUGUUUCUGACAAUGGGGAAACAAAGGAAUCUGGGGAUGAAAGUAAGCUUCAAGACAGAAUCUUCAUCACCCAGCAAAUUCCAGUAUCAGACUCUUCUGGUAAAGUGGUGCUACCCACUAUUCCAAAAGGACCUCAAGAGUCUGACACAGGAACCUUCUGAGAAGCAGUGAUUAUGACCCCACAGAUGCUGCUGGCAGGCCCUUCCUUGCAGAAUCCUUGCUCCUGAAUAUCUUUAAGAUAAUUUCUUAAGGGAAAAGACAAAAAUUUUAACUCAAAAGUUACCUGUUUGCCAUAGAAAUUGGUGUCUCCCCUGAAGGAGGAUCGAGAGCCGGUGAAUGAGAACAUUGGCAAAGGCACUGGAAUGGGGACAUUCACUCCCACCUAAAACAGAACAAAUCCGUGUCAUACCCUAAGGACAAAGGAACUCUCCAUUUAGAAGCACAACGGCAUCAGAGACCAGUUUUGAAUACCCACCUUCCACCCUGUCCUCUACCCCAUGAACUUUCAUUCCUGAGGAAGAAAUGGGGCAAUGUGGGAGGUCAUGGGGGCAAUCUUAAACCAAUGACUCACCAUUAUUUACUGUUUCCUCUUAGGAAACAGUAAAUAGAUAUAAGAAUCUCUUAAAAAUUCUGUUCACAAACCUGUCCGACAUCCACCAAGUGGGCAUAUUUCCGAGCAGUGGCUCCAUUGGUGGUGAAGAUGGCAGUUCCAUUUCCAUAUGGGUUGUUAUUUACAAUCUGGAUGGCUUCAUCCAAUGUUUCUGUCUCCAGAACCACAAGAACUGGACCAAAAAUCUCCUCUUUGUAACAGGUCAUAUUUGGCUGCCAGGAGUGAUGCAUCCAGAAAAGAAGUCAGCUUUUUGGAUUCUGAGUAUUUUACGCUUAUUUGGUACUUUCAUUUACUACACAUCAUUUACAUGGACAACUUUCAUAUUAGUAAUCUCUUUUCAUUUCAAAUCACCUAUUUUAAAAAAGUCCUCUCUUAACUGUGUUCCAUCUUCCAAGUUACCAAUCAUAUAAAAAACUUGGAAUUCCUAUCAACAAUAACCACACUUCCUCUAAGGGACUGUAUUUUUAGUUCAUGACCCAUCAUUAGCUUCCUUUUUAAUACCUGAACAACUUGUUUCAUCCAAUUGUUAUCAAAAAGUUACAUGAAAAUUUAUUUUUUAUAAAUCCAAUCUAUAUUAAAUAUACCAGGGUAAUUUUUCUCUUUAUAGAAACCCAAUGCUGUUUUCUAUAACAUAAACAAUCCAUUCUUAUUCACUCCUUUGCCUCCCAAAUAAGUCUGUAUGUUUAUAUUUUGAUAUCAGGUCAUAGACACUCAAAACAUCCUUCACCAUGCAAUUAAUGUUUGUUGCUGGUAAACGGAUUUUUCUGUAUGGUUCUGUGGCAAGAGAUUUCAUAAUUUCUACUGCACUUACAUUCAACACUUGAUGAUUCACUAUUAUACUAGGGCUAUAUGAAUUUCAAAAAACGCCUCAUUACCUCAAUUUUUAAGUCAUGUGAGCUGAGAGACUUUCAAAGUUUUGAUAAAUAAAAAUUGACAAGUCAA